AUGAACCUCCAAGAUAGCUGUGCUCCCGCCACCCAACCACUGCUGGAACAUACUAGGGCGUUCAAUAGCAUUCUUACUCACGGCAUAUCGUCAGAGAGAGGUGUCCAGGUGACACCAGAUACUCUUCGCUCAGACUUGGCCGAGAAUGAUGAGAAGGUGACCACUAUACAGAAUACGAGCUUGCUUCCACCGUUCCAAGUACCAGCUCAACUGGCACAACCCACACAAACUUCAUCUGCAUCACCCUCAUUACAGUUAUUCAAGAAGGCAACUACCCCCUCUGCAGUACAAUCGAGAGCUGCUUCCACAGCGGCAUCUCCAAGUACUACUACUGGCCUUGUUCCUCCUCCUGCAUCUUCCUCAUCUGCAUCAAUGGCAUCCUCAGCUUUGGAUGCUCCAUUCUCCAAGUUUCAUACCCCUCCUCCAGACGCCGGCCAGCAGGACAUGUCAGUGGUGACUCCAUUUCUUGUCAAGCAUAUUAGUGAUCAGUCUAUGAUUCCAAAAGAUAACUUCCAUAAGUUUUGUUACCGCCAUAAUCCUGAUGUUACAUGUAACAAAACCACAGAUGAAGCCAAAAUGAAAAAGAUUCAAAAGAAGAUGGAAAAGUUGCCUUCUAGGGAUCAAGAAGCUUUGUCUCAUGUCUGGUCUAUUUUUUCUGCUGCCCCUGACCAACAUAGAUCAUUGAUUUUACAGGGAAUCUUAUCACAGUGUUGUUUCCCACAACUAUCAUUUAUUGCACAAGAAGUUAGUCAGCUUAUAAGAAUCGAUUUUAUUUCCACAUUACCCAUGGAAAUCUCUCUAAAGAUUUUAUGUUACUUGGACUGUAACUCAUUGUGUAAUGCUGCUCAGGUUUCCAGAAAAUGGAAAUCGUUGGCUGAUGAUGACAGAGUGUGGCAUCACAUGUGUGAACAGCAUAUCGACAGGAAAUGUCCAAAUUGUGGAUGGGGCUUACCACUAAUGCAUAUGAAGAGGGCUAGAGAGUAUCAAGGAGAGUAUGAUCAAGAAGUUAAAAGAAGAAAGACUGAAGCUGCAAGCUCUGACGCAAGUGCUACAGUUACUCCUAGUAACACUGCUGUGAUUGGCGACAGCCAAGCCUCUAAUACAGAAUCAGAGAAUGCUACCUCGACUGCAACAGCAGUACCAGAAUCUUCAUCAUCAUCAUCCGUCAUAGCAUCAAAUACGGCAGCUACCACUAAACUCAAGAGAAGAGCUUGGAAAUCUGUUUACUCGGAGCGUUACAAGCUAGAGAAGAAUUGGAGAAAGGGUAUUCAUACAAUCAAAACCUUUUAUGGUCAUACUGACGAUGUUACUUGCCUUCAAUUUAAUAGGAAGUAUCUUAUGACUGGUUCAUAUGAUUCGACUAUCAGAAUUUGGAAAGUGGAUACCGGAGAAUGUUUGAAAGUAUUGUCAGGUCACACUAAGGGAAUUCGUUCGUUAGUUUUUGAUUCUCAAAAAUUAAUUACUGGUGGUUUAGAUAAUACUAUCAAGGUUUGGAACUACCAUACUGGGCAAUGUAUUUCUACUUACAGAGGACAUGAUGCUGCAGUGGUUAGCGUUGACUUUUGUAACAAAACUAUUGUAUCUGGGUCUGCUGACCACACUGUUAAAGUCUGGCACGUAGACUCCAGAACUUGUUAUACUCUUAGGGGCCACUCAAGCUGGGUCAAUUCCGUAAAAAUUCAUUCACCUUCGAAUACUGUCUUCAGUGCUUCAGACGAUACCACUAUCAGAAUGUGGGAUUUGGAAAACAAUCAAUGUUUAAGAAUUUUUGGUGGAAUUGAAAACAAUGGCCAUAUAGGUCAAAUUCAAAGUGUUAUUCCAUUCAUCUACAAAGAUGAUAUGGAUUAUGACAAGAAUAGUGAUAGUGAUAAUGAAAUUAUUGAAGACGAAAAUGGUGUAGCGGUACCUGCUGCACGUUCAGGCAGAAAUGGCCAAGCUUCAUUGACAGCUAUUCCUGAUGGCGAUGAAGCAUCAUCUACAGAGGAAAUUAAUGAAAUUCAAUUACCUACUAAUGCAAACUAUCCUACACAUUUAUUAAGUGCUUCUUUGGAUAAUACUAUCAAGCUUUGGGAUAUUAAAACUGGGAAAUGUAUUCGUACUCAGUUUGGCCACAUUGAAGGGGUUUGGUCCAUCAGUUCAGAUACAUUUAGAAUCAUUAGUGGUGCACAUGACAGAUUAGUUAAAGUUUGGGAUUUACAAAGUGGUAAAUGUUUACACACUUUUGGUAAUUCUUCAAGUGUCAGCGCCGUUGCCCUUAGUGAUUCUAAAUUUUGUGUAGGAAUGGAAAACGGUAACGUCAAAAUGUAUUGUUUUGACGAUGAGUCGUAG